AUGGCGGUGUUUCACGACGAGGUGGAGAUCAAGGACUUUCAGUAUGACGAGGACUCGGAGACUUAUUUCUACCUCUGCCCGUGUGGGGAUAACUUGGCCAUCACCAAGCAAGAUUUGGAGAAUGGAGAAGACGUGGCAAUGUGUCCUAGCUGCUCUCUCAUUAUAAAAGUGAUUUAUGACAAAGAUCAAUUUAUGUGUGGAGAAAUAAUACCAGCACCUUCCACCAACAAGGAAUUAGUUAAAUGCUGAAGAAGGCUUUAAGAAUCCAAAUCUGGAACAGUUGAGAAUGAGCCAAGAUGGAAAAAUCAAAUGCAAAGUUACAGACCUCUUCACAAGGACAACCUUCUUGUGGUUUUUUGCUCU